AUGAAGCUAUAUUCGACACUGCUGAUACAAUGGAUACUGAUGGCAACAGGCGCCUUCAUGAUCAGCAGUGUGCCAGUUUCUCUAGCUCAAGAUGACUACCGAGAUCAUAUUCAGGAACCAAAACAACGAACCCACCCGAACCAAGAGGGUACUCGUACAACUGGUCAAUUCCAAACAAAAGAUCACCAACGGUCAAAACAUGAUGACAUCGUGAGUAGUAGCACUGUGCGCACUCAUAAUAAGAAUGCGGAUAGUCGGAAUGAGCAUCCGCGGCAAAACGAUCAUAUAGAUUCCGAUCAGGAACUGAGGUAUGAAAAUCAUCAUGGUUCUUCAGAUACCGUACAACCAGACCAAAAGGGAGGAAAGAAUGGACAUGAGACUACCAAAUACACCAGCCUUCGAACCAUUCAAAGUAGUGAAAAUCGCAGUGUUCCAACCGAUCGAGAUUCAUACACCCCCGAAAGAAAUUCCAACCUAGAUUAUCAUCACACGACGGCGAAGCAAGGAAGUGAUAAUCAUUCCAAUCCGCCGCAGCAUCAUCAUCCACAAGAUGAUGGGCAACACUCUCAGUCACAGUACUAUAAUGGGCGAGAUUCUUCCACGCCCCUAACCAAGACUGACAAGCUACAUGUGGCGAAGGAGGAUGGGAAUGAUCUCACCUACUUUAGCCAAACAAGUCGCAAUUCAAAUCCGAAACAGGAAAACGGACGCCAUAAUGAUCAUCUUCGCACUUCCACUACAGAAGCAGCCAACAAGAGAGAAUCGUUAUCACACCACCACGGAAAGGACACUGGUGAUGAUUCGAACCAUGUAGUAUCGAUAGAUAGGUCCAGCAGUAAUAGUGCUGGUGGCCAACAUGAUCCCACUGGAGAUGGCAACGUUGACUGGAACAGCAAAGUGGACCAAACGCAAUAUACCCAAGAUGGCUCUUCUUCAAAUACUGCUACUUCUGUUGAUGACUCUUCCACGAACAAAAUGCCCGUGGUGUAUUGCUCCGUCAUUGUCUUCUUGUUAGUGGCAGCCUUCCAAUUGAAGCCACACUGA